AUGUCUGGAGGUGGAGGGUUCGUCGGUCCUGGCGGUGAUGCAAACGGCGGACCUCAGGGGACGGAGUACACAUUACAAGGUGUAAUGCGCUUCCUCCAGACGGAAUGGCACCGACACGAGCGAGACCGCAACGCCUGGGAGAUCGAGCGCGCGGAAAUGAAGUCUCGGAUAGGCAAACUUGAGGGCGACGUCCGAACAAGCAAGCGCUUGCAUGAGUCCUUGGGAAAGCAUGUCCGGCUGCUUGAAGCUGCGUUGAAGAAAGAACGCGAGAAGGUCAGAAAACUUACUAAUAAUGAGCCUGUGGAGGAUCUCCGGGAUCCCAAGGAGAUUGCGCGGGAAAGCAUCAAUGCUCUGAAAUCUCAACGACCGAAACCUGACGCGCUAGGAGAUCUUGACCCUAGCGCUGAGGCCCAACUCGAUCACCGCCAGGAGGCCGAACGCGAUAAGUCACGAUUAUACCUAUCCAAGUGCUCUCAGGAAAUCGCGUAUCAUGUCAUUCCUUCCGCGCACCCACCUCCCGACCUUGGCGACCUUGAGCUAUCGAACCAUGUUUAUGGGAACCAGCAGCUGUCCCAGCAGAGCCUAGAAGAGGCAUAUAUCCAGCAGCAGCGACAGAAACACCAGGCAAGCAAUAUGAUGGCACGGGAAGUCCCUAUGCAGAAUCACCAGCCUAUUGUUAGGCACUACCCCGAUAAUAUGGGUUUGUCUCGCGCUCCUAGUCAGUACAAUCUGCCGGCCACCUCGAGGGACGCUGUCGAUAGACGAGGUAUAGAACACCAGCAGACCCCAAUAACAAGCAAUGAGGACAGCAAGCAGUCUUUGGAAGUUUCCCUUCGGGAACGUGGGGGUCUAGAAAGACAAGUAUACGAUGCCUACGGAUCGCAGGCUCCUGUCGAGGAAACGUCACGGCCCCAGCAGACUGAGGAAAAUCCUAGUGAUGCUGAUGGCUGGAAUUUCGAUGAUCCUCCUGAACAGGCUGCUCCGCCAGAAUCAAUACCUCAGAGACCCGAUGUUGAUGCAUUUCCGAAUGCGAAUUUUUCCCGACAGAAAUCGCCUGCAAGGUCAGGAUCGUUAUCCCAUCGGCGGAAAAGCUCCGGGGCUCGACGAAAGAGUGAUGGAGCCGUUGAUCUCGGUACUACGGCCAGUUUGAGGCAAGAUUCUACCUUCAAAGUUAGAUUUGCCCUGCGAGGACACUUAGAUGUUGUCCGAGCCGUAAUUUUUACUGGCGGUGGCAGCCCAUCUGAACCUGAAAUAUGCACCUGCAGCGAUGACGGAACGAUCAAGCGGUGGUUUAUUCCUGCGAGCUUCGGAGCGUCCGGUCACACGUCGAGUUCCGGUAGCGAUUUGGAUAUUACGAGCUACUUUACCCACCGGGGUCACGUUGGAGCUGUUACUGCUUUGGCGGCAUGCUCUCCAUCGCAGAACUUUUCGAACGGUGGCCGCACGGUUGGCGAUGGCUGGGUUUUCUCCGGUGGGCAGGAUGCUAGUGUACGAGUCUGGGAAAGGGGCAGGGUAGAUCCCAAGGCAACUCUGGAUGGCCAUUCCGAUGCAGUCUGGGGUCUAUGCGUCCUUCCCGGAACAGCAGGCUCUAUAUUUGGCGACCAGUCUAGCCAUUAUGGCGGCCCCGAUCGCGUUAUUCUCGCCUCGGGCGCCGCUGAUGGCAAGAUAAUCAUCUGGGCGAUUGUUCGAACAGAAUCACCUUCGCCCACUUGUAUCAGUCCCCUUUCCCUUGCUGGUAUCAAUUUCGUCGUGUCCUACACAGACGCUUCGAUUCUUGUUUACGAUACUAGAACCGGCGAGGAGAUUGUGGGCAUGGCCAGUCUCGAGACGUAUGAUGGCACCCGGUCAACAGGCGUUAACUCAGUUGUUGCAACCACUGUUGGUUUUGACGGGUCAGCGGGUCUUGAUCCUAGCCGAACGCUGGCUGAUGAAGAAGUUGUUCACGGGGCCACUGGUUCAAGUGGUGUGGAGGGCGUUGUCAUCAGUGGCUACGAAGACAGAUAUAUUCGCUUCUUUGACGCCAAUAGCGGACAAUGUACCUACACCAUGCUAGCACAUCCUUCUGCCAUUGCUUCCCUUUCUCUUUCUCCAGAUGGCCGCGAGCUAGUGUCUGCAGGGCACGACGCCAGCCUGCGGUUUUGGAACCUUGAAAAGCGAAGCUGCACGCAAGAAAUUACAAGUCAUCGACUGAUGCGUGGUGAAGGGGUCUGCUCUGUCGUCUGGAGUCGCGAUGGCCGGUGGGUCGUUGGCGGCGGCGGCGAUGGAGUAGUCAAGGUGUUCUCGAGAUAACGCAGUGGAUGUGGCCUGAUGUAUGAUUUUGUUCUUAACAUGUCCUGCUGACUGAUAUUUUUCUCGCACCAUGUUCUUUUGGACUCAUGAAAUGAUUGAGCGAUUGGCCAAAUUCCCGAGCAUUUGUAACGGUGUCAAGUUACCUACUACUUACCUGGCAUAUGUUCCUUUCUAUUCCUCCUGUGCUUAUACAUUCUAUACUCGUCUUCUUCUCCUUUUCUUAACUCUCUUUUCUCUUUUGUGCUACUCGUUGACGAUGUUCGUUCCUAUCGACAACGACCGGAGCCACGUAUACCAAGGUGUUCUGUUACUAUUAUCCCUGUUCGUACAAGAGUUGCUAGCCUAUGCGAUGUAUGACCAGGGCAUGCAUGUUACUGUC